AUGGGGACUCCUCUGCCUGCAGCUGUGGGGACACCUCUGCCUGCAGUCUCUGGGGCACCUCUGCCAAGCCCAGCAGAGGUGCUUCAUUAUUGUUUGUAUGUCAUGCAUGGAACAUCCCCCCAUGAUGGGAGCACAGGCUGCCCUGAGCCCUGUGCUUCAGUGCCAGGCAGGGCUUACCCAAGGAGGGUGCUAAGCCAGAGCUCCUUCACUGCCUGGGAGCUGCCAAAAGAGAGGAGAAACAGCCUGAGUGCCUGCUGUGCCCCAGCAGGUGAUGCCCCAUGGGGCAGGACAGAGGUGCUGCCCACCCCUCUGGUGGGACGUUGCACCGGGACUCACCAGAAGGUGACGAUGCAGGAGCCACAGGGCCAGAGGAAGACAAGGGAGCUGACAGUCUUCCCUUCCUCCUCAUCCUCAGCGGCAUCCCCAGCUGAGCCCUUCCUGCGACUCAGCACCUGGAGCACACCCAGAGCCAGGCAGAGCAGUGGGCUCAGGGUGCUGCCACGUCUGCAGAGAGGAGCAGCAGGGAGUGACCUGGAGGUGGCCGAGCCUGCUGGCUCCCCUCUAGUGCCUGCCUGCCAUGGGCACAGACGUGGAUGCAUCCAGCAGCAGGGUGCCGGGGGCCUGGGGCUGCUCCUUGGCUGUCCCUGCUCUGGUGCCCUGGUGCCAGGGCCAUGGUUUGGCAGGAAAGGCAGCUGGGCUCUGCCAGUCUUACUUUGUCUUGGCGAUGACCACGCUGUCCUUGAAGAGGAGGAGGUCCCUCUUCAUCCCCUGGCCGUGGCCCUGGGUCACCCACACAUGCACCCGCAGCAGCGGCUCGGGCGAUGCCUGGUCAGGCGUGCACUGCUCCUCGGGGUCAGGGUCAUCCCUGCAGGGCAGAUGGCAUCAAGCAUGAGCAAGGCGGCUGCUUUGGGGUGCAGCUGUGCCAGCGCGUCCCCGAGCCAUGGGGGAACCCGCCUGGACCCGCAGCAGCAGAGCCACUGGCCCAUCCUCACAGGGCCGGGAGAAGACCCGUAAAUAGAAAGCUUGUGAAGCUCAAGACAGGAAUGCUCCUCCACAGGAGAAAAGUACCCCUAGUGCCACUGGUGCUGCUGCACACAGCACCAUCCCUGCAGGCACUGAGGCCAUUGCCAGCCAAGCACCGGGUUAGAAUGGAACACCAUAGCGACCUCAGCUCUGGAAUCUGGGGGUCCAGGUGGGGCAGGGCACUGUGGGGCUCUCCCCAGUAUGCCCAUAUCCAGCCCUGGCCCCAAGGACUGCUCCCAUACACUGCAGUGUCCACCAAGUCAUGGCUCCUGUAGCCAUGGUCUUCUGACUCACAGGAACAGGGAGCCCCAGGUCUACC